AUGAUGGAGUUAAAUAAUCCAAAACUCUAUACCGUUGUUUGGUUUGGUACACCAAGACUUGAUAUCGACGAAGAGUCAAAAGUAAAUGCGGAAGUCAUAAUAGAAAAUGGCCUUUACGUAGAAGAUAACGAUAUCAACAGUUGUUUGAAAAAGCUACAAUUAAUGCAAGACGAAAAUAUUUUAUUGGUGAUUACUGGUAUGGCCAGCGACAAACUUAUACUUGAUGAAAAUCUUCUUACUCAGGUUCAUCAUCUUCCUCAAGUGAAGAUCAUAUAUGUACCCGCAAAGUACGGUAAUCGUCAUCCAUCUCAUGUUUUUCCGAAAUUGAGACAACUAUCGAACCAAUCAGUAUCACUUCGUAUUCGAGCCGAUUUACGAGUUUACGCUCAAAUGACAGACUCGAUUACCUUCAAUACAUUUAGUGAAAAAUCAUCUUUAGCCGUGAACGGUGAUUUUAUGCAUUUUCAAAUGUUGAUCGACUGUAUAAUUGAUGAUCAUUUCUCAAUGAAGCUCUUGGACAAUUAUUCGACGUUCGAUAAAUCGAAGAAAGAGUUCAUUGAAACAUGUAAAGAGAUUUAUAAGAACGAGCGUACAACAUUGAUACAAAUCGAAGAAUUCGCAAAUACCUACAAACCAGAAAAGGCUCUCUAUUGGUAUACUCAGAAUUCCUUUGUCUAUAAGUUACUCAAUGGUGCAAUGCGCACGAAUAAUACGCGAUUAAUUCUUAUUUUUCGUUUUUUUAUCAUUGACAUAUAUCAAGAACUGAAAAAACAGUGUGACGAACCGAUCAUUUCAGAAAAUCAAGAUGGUGUGUUUCCAACAUAUUAUGUUUAUCGUGCACAAAUUAUGUCAAAAGACGAAUUGGACCGAUUAAGAAAAUCGUUGGGACAAAUCAUUUCUAUGAAAUCUUUUCUAUCGACUAGUCUUAACCGACAAUUCGCAUUAUUCUUUUUAGGGGAAGUAGAUGAAGGAAAUCAGUCAUCAUUAGUGCCAACUCUAAUUCAAGUUGAUCUAGAUCGUGAUGAUAUAUGCUUGGAUUACAAUCGACCAUUUGCUAAUAUUACUGCACAUAGUUGCUUUGGCGAAGCAGAAGAGGAAGUUUUGUUCAUGAGUGGCUCUUGUUUUCGUGUGGUUGAAAUACGUCGCAGUGACAAAGGUAUAUGGUAUGUUUCCUUAGCCAAACUUAAACUAUUCGACGGACCCUUAGAUUAUCACAGUAAUUAUGGCAAACUCUAUCAUUAUAUGAAAGAUGAUUUUCUUCAUCCACUGUUAAACCUUCAAUCUGAUGUUGGUUUACUUCUUUUUCAAUCAGGGAACUUUGAUUUGGCCGAAGUACACUUCGAACGAUUGAUACAACAUCUGUCAGAGUUAGUUUAUGUACCGGAACAAACAGAGAACCAAGAAGACUUAACAACCUUAUCACGCACAGGAAAUAAAAGUACAGAUAUUGUUGGCUUCAUCAAAGAUCUUGAGGAUGAAUUUCGUGCAGAAGAUAAGGUGAAAUACGUUGAAAGUGCGAAGGAAGACAUAAUAACAAGCUGCUACUACAUGUUGGGACGAAUAAAACAUGAAAAAGGCUUAUUUGAUGAGAGCAUUGUACACUAUGAAGAAGUAUUACGAAGAACCGAACCCUGUUCUAUUACAAAUGAGAAACCUAGAAAUAGUAUCAAACAUGUUCUUUACGCUCUUUGCUAUUUUGGUCUCGGUGCGACUUACGAAAUAAAUGGAAACACGAAGCGUGCAUUCGAAUCAUACACUAAAGCAUUACAUAUGUUCGAAGAAGCACACGAUGGAAUAAUUGAUGAUUCUCCAUUUUCUCCAGGUUCAACCUAUAUCUAUAAAGGCCAUUGUCUUAUUGGAUUAGGCAAUUUUUUUUUAAUCGAACAAAACUAUGAACAAGCAGAUGAAUAUUAUCGUAAAGCUUUAUCAUUAUUCGACACUUAUUUGCCUGUCGGACAUCCUGAUCAAUCACGCGCACGACAAAAAAUAGCUAAAAUUACCCAGACCUAUCGAUGCAAGCCGAUUAUGGCCUUAGAAGACUACAAAGAUUGUUUAGAAAAUUACUUGCGUGUAUUGCCUUCAGAUCAUGUCGAUAUCGCACGAUUAUACCAAGAUAUGGCUCACAGCUUCGAACAGUUACCAAAUGGAUUGGAGAACACCCUCGAAUACGCAAUGAAAGCUGCAAAUAUUUUCGGUCAAUAUUUACCUAAAGAUCACAAAGAUAAUAGAGAAAUUUCUCAAACAAUUGCACGCAUUCGAAGUAACCUACAUUUGGAAAAAUAA